AUGGGCAGUAGCAACAACAAACGUAGCAAUGAUAUGGCUCACAAGCGAGGGACCAUUUCAACUGCCAACAGCAACACACCCGAGAUUCCUCACAAACCAAAACAUUUGCAACCCUCUUCUUCACCCAACAACAACAAUACAACCACCAAAAAGUCGACCAUCAUCCACAGACAGCAACCUGCCAAUAUUGUCACCAACCCCGUUUCUCGGUUACGGCACGGUCGUCUAGGUGAUGAACAACCAACACAACAACAACCCAUGUUACGCAAGAGUACAUCUUCUCGCUUUGGCAAAAAUCUGUUGCCUACUUGGUUGGGUGGUGCUAGCCAACAAAGCAACAACAACAAUAAUAAUGCCGUAGCUAUCACCCAUAUGCAGCGUUCUACAUCCACGUCAUCGAAUAUCAGCAAUACGGAUCAGCUGGAUACGACGUUUGAAAAAUUGCUUGAUGACUUGGAUAUGAAGGGGAUGCAACGUAACAAGCUGCGAGAAUUACCUCCUGAUCAAAAGAUGUAUCUACUUGCACAAAAUCAGCACCUUACCAAUAGUACCAGUAAUCAAUCCUUAUCAGCACGACUCAAAUCGUCAGCUUCUUCAACAUCGUUGCGUAGCAACAGUCAACAAAAAGAAAAGGAGCAACCAUCACCAUCACCAUCAACCAAACAGAAUCAGCAGCAGCAACAACAACAACAACAGAAAAAGCCAUCCAAGGUUCCACAACCAAGUACCAAACCUGCACCUGCUACCAUUAGCAGUGGUCGUGCGGCAAGUUACAAGUACAACAAUUAUCGUCGUUUAGCAGCUGCCAACAACCGAAGUUCCAAAGUGGGGUCCAUGAUCCUUGAAUUCGAUGCACUUUCCAACCAACCAGAGAACCAAGAUGCAGCUGCAUGGUUGUUACUUGAUGACAAGUCAAUCACCCGCCCUGCUCAACCUCCUGUCACCCGCCACAAUCAAGUCCAAAGUUUGUCACGAAAAGAAGGUGCCCACUUGGCUUCACUCGUUGAAUCCCGUCAACAUCAACGUCAAAGUCUUUCACGAAAGGAAGGUGCCAAUCUUGCAGCACUCACUGAACAACGUAGCCGUAAUAGCCCUUAUUAUCAUGUGGAGCGAUUACGCAGCAAGAACACGCCCACGGAUGCCUUGACGAAGCAUCUCUCGGCACUCAAGUCUGUUUUAUCCACAAGCAAUACAUCAUGGAUCAAUGAAUUCUUGUCAAGACGUCAUAAUGGAUUAACCGCUUUGGAAAGUGUCAUGGAAAGGCUUUUGGCCAAAAAGAAAAGGCGUGAUGCAGAUGAUUUAUGUAUGCUUGAAUGCGUCAAAUGUCUCAAAGUGCUUUUGAAUUCUGAGCCUGGGUUCCACCAAGCAUCAAUGCGACCCGCUAUUCUGCACCAACUUGUUGCAGCUUUAUUUGCCAGCCUUGCUAUUGCAUGCAAUAACACUGACAAUAGUAGUGGUGGACCCUACCCAACCAAUUCAGUGUCCACAGCCACCCUUGUCCAUCGUUCACCUUCUGACAGCUCGCUUGGCAGCCUUUUACCAUCGACAUCUACUACACUUGCAGCUCCUCCUAACGACACUACUACUAAUAUUACUACUACCAGCACACCAUCGGGAUGGGUGCUCAUAAUCAAGAUAUGCAUUCACAUUUUCGAGAUCUUUUCAACCUUGUGUAUGAUGUCGCAUCAAGGACACAAGCUUGCACUUGCUGUAUUUUCAGAGGUGCGUGGCGAGCAAUAUCGAUUCGAGCGGCUUGUUCAACGCAUGCGUGAAUUGGCAGACGAGGAGCAAAAGGAUCAAUCCGUUGCCUGGGAAUGUCAAGAAGCUGGUAUCCAAUUGUUCAAUGCCUUUGCCAGCUCACCAGAAACGAUUGAAACACGUCGAUCCAUUCGAGGAGAAUUGGAGCGUCGUGGAUUGGAUGAUCAUCUCAAGGAAUUGGAGAAAAAGCAUGCACCAGAAUCGUGCAAGAAUGCCAUUCGCAUGUACCUCGAGGGCAAAAACACUGAUAUUGAGUUGAUCCAUGAAUUUGAAAAGUCACGAAGGCAAACAGUGUUUCAGCUUCAACCACAGGAUAUUGUAUCAAACGCUUUGGCCAAGUUUUCUGCCGAUCCCGAAAUUUAUUAUCUUGUGGUGGAUAGCAUCAGCCAUUUGCUAGAAAUGGGAGCUGAUAAUGUUGAAAACAAUCGAAGAUUGGUCAACGACCUAUGGACCAUUGUCAGCCUUUUUGCCAUCAAUCUAAAAUCGGCCAACAAGACCAACAAUCUUCAGGAGCCUAUCAAGCAAUUCUUACGUGCUGUUCAGCCUAUUGUAGGCAAGAUUGAAAACGAUCCUGGUGCCAACACUGCAGAGACCACGAGCGACCAAAUGGCAACAGACACUGAUCUUGAAGGAUUACGCAAUAUGGUGGAUGAACUUAAGGAUGGUCUUGCUCAAAGCGAGGACACAAUUACAAAGAUUCGACGUGAAAAGAACGAGUUGAUGAUGAAGAUGUCCAAAGCCCAGGCUGAACUUAAGGAGCGAGAGGAGCGAAUUACAGAAUUACAACGUCAUCGAGCAUCAUCAAAUGCAUCAUCCAUCACAACCAUUGUAUCAGUUGAUGAAAAGCAAAAGGAUAUGGAUCAAAGUGUAUCAUGUGACACAACCAUUUUCAAUUCCAUUGAACCUGUAAAAGAUGCACCUCCACCAGCAGCAGCUCCUCCUCCACCACCACCACCUCCACCUCCUCCACCACCUCCUCCUCCACCUCCCCCAC